AUGUCCAACUCCGCCGCCGUCGCUAAAUCCGCACAACUGGAACGCCGACGCAGUGUUAAAACUGCUGCGAGGAGGAAGAGGGAGAGUUUUAUGCCUGUGAGGCAGAGCUUGGCGCCGUAUGAUGAGUAUGGACUGGAAGGGGUGGAUAGGGAGGCGUUGAUAGAGGGGGAGGAGGUUGAUAUGGAGGCUGUGUUUAUGAGCCGGCCGAGGGUGAAGACUAGUCCUGCUAGUAGCCCGAGGAAGGCGUGGGGAGAGAUGGGGGGGGGGAGAGGGGAGGAGGGGAGUUUGAGUCCUGGGUUGUAG